AGUCCAUUGCCUGCCAGGGACCAAAAGCUGCUCUGAUCACCUAAGGAUUCUCCCUCCCAACCCAAGGGCAUCCAACUGACCUCUGACUCCUAACCUCCGGCCCCAACUCCCUGCCCUGCCCUUUGUAAGGGGCUGGGAAGCCCUCAGAAACUCUGCCAUAGACGUGGGCGCUUGCGCAGGCUGUGCGGGCACUGCCCUCAGCCUGAGCGGGGCCGCCAUGGCGCGGCGGGUGCAGGAUGAGCUGGCGGCCUUCUUCUUUGAGUACGACACUCCCCGAAUGGUGCUCGUGCGCAACAAGAAGGUGGGCAUCAUCUUUCGCCUGAUCCAGCUGGUGGUUCUGGUCUACGUCGUCGGGUGGGUCUUUGUCUAUGAGAAGGGCUACCAGACCUCGAGCGGCCUCAUCAGCAGCGUGUCUGUGAAACUCAAGGGUCUGGCUGUGACACAGCUCCCGGGCCUGGGCCCCCAGGUCUGGGACGUGGCUGACUACGUCUUCCCAGCCCAGGGGGACAGCUCCUUCGUGGUCAUGACCAAUUUCAUAGUGACCCCCCAUCAGGCCCAAGGCUACUGUGCAGAGCAUCCAGAAGGGGGCACGUGCAAGGAUGGCAGUGGCUGCACUCCAGGGAAGGCAGAAAGGAAGGCCCAAGGCAUCCGCACAGGCAAGUGUGUGGCCUUCAACGACACCGUGCACACGUGCGAGAUCUUUGGCUGGUGCCCUGUGGAAGUAGAUGACAACAUCCCACGCCCCGCCCUUCUCCGAGAGGCCGAGAACUUCACUCUCUUCAUCAAGAACAGCAUCAGCUUUCCACGCUUCGAGGUCAACAGGCGCAACCUGGUGGAGGAAGUGAACGCCACCUACAUGAAGAAAUGCCUCUAUCACAAGGUCUCACACCCGCUGUGCCCUGUCUUCAAUCUUGGCUACAUGGCACGAGCAUCAGGACAGAGUUUCAGCACGUUAGCAGAGAAGGGUGGGGUGAUAGGCGUCACCAUCGACUGGAAUUGUGACCUGGAUUGGCAUGUACGACACUGCAAACCCGUCUAUGAGUUCCAUGGGCUGUAUGGGGAGAAAAAUCUGUCUCAAGGCUUCAACUUCAGGUUUGCGAGGUACUUUGUGGAGAAUGGGACCAACCACAGGCACUUGUUCAAGGUGUUCGGGAUUCGCUUUGACAUCCUGGUGGACGGCAAGGCUGGGAAGUUUGACAUCAUUCCCACAAUGACUACCAUCGGCUCCGGGAUUGGCAUCUUUGGGGUGGCCACGGUCCUCUGUGACCUGCUGCUGCUCCACAUCCUGCCCAAGAGGCACUACUACAAGCAGAAGAAGUUCAAGUACGCAGAGGACAUGGGGCCAGAGGCGAGUGAGCGUGACCCUGCGGCCACCAGCUCCACCCUGGGCCUGCAAGAGAACAUGAAGACGUCCUGACCCUCAGCCCCGGCCCCGGACUGGAUGCAGCAUGAGGCUUCAGGCGGAGCCCUGGUGGGGUCCCAGCCAGGGUAGAGGAGCCUCCUCAGGAGCUCUCCUGCCCUCUCAGCCAGAAAGACACCCUUGUGCCGGCAGCUCAGGGUGGACACUGGGAGAGACCUGCCCAAUU